CCGCUAUUUACGAACAAGCCAAUGCGACCUGCUGUGAGGGAGUCAGGGAUUGAUUUGGUCAUCAGCUUCUUGUUGGUACUAUGCUUUGCCCGGUGGGAUGGCAUCUGUAGCCUCGCAUGACGUGGCCAUGCAACAGCCAUCGCCAUCAAAAUGUGCAAAUAUACCCGGUUGCUUUACAAAUCCGACCCCGAAUCCGCUCAGGAUCCAUGCUGGGUUUCCUUGCGAGGAAAGGCUAUUUAUUUCGUGGCUAUUGCGGGUAAUCCCAAGCUGACCGGCUGCUAUUUGGAUUUGAUCGACACUUUGAUGUUUAGUAGUCACCAAGGUGGAGAAUUCACUGUUGAAUUUAGGGCUCGAGGUGUAAACUAUGCUGCUUCUUCAAGGGACAUUCCCCAGCUAUCCGGAUACACUGAGAAUGUUGAAGGGAUCCCAGCAGCGUCGCCUUUCUCAUCUCCAUUUGACAAGAAAGGCUACGAUUUCAUUGUCUUUAUAGGGUCAAAGCACCGCCAGGAUAAGCAACACAUUGCACAACCCCUUCUUUUAUUUGCUGAGCUAUCAAAAGCAGAAUACUUUCGAGAAUCUUAUAACCUGCAACCCUAUCAUGCCACAACAACACUACCUAUGGCUUUCUAUCAAAUGGGCAGUUCAGUCGCCAAACUACUUUCCACUUGA